UCGCCUCUGCCCCAGAGCCCGCGGACAGCAUGGCUCCCAAGAAGCCCGAGCCCAAGAAGGAGGCAGCCAAGCCGGCCCCCGCACCGGCCCCUGCGCCGGCCCCAGCCCCCGAGGCCCCCAAGGAGCCUGCCUUUGACCCCAAGAGCGUAAAGAUAGACUUCACCACGGACCAGAUCGAAGAGUUCAAGGAGGCCUUCUCACUGUUUGACCGGACCCCGACGGGAGAGAUGAAGAUCACCUACGGGCAAUGCGGGGACGUGCUGCGGGCGCUGGGCCAGAACCCCACCAACGCCGAGGUGCUGCGCGUCCUGGGCAAGCCCAAGCCCGAAGAGAUGAGCGCCAAGAUGCUGGACUUCGAGACGUUCCUGCCCAUCCUGCAGCACAUCUCCCGCAAUAAGGAGCAGGGCACCUACGAGGACUUCGUGGAGGGGCUGCGCGUCUUCGACAAGGAGAGCAACGGCACGGUCAUGGGCGCCGAGCUCCGGCAUGUCCUCGCCACCUUGGGUGCGCGGCUGGCCGGGGGGCUGUUGGGAGCUGGAGGGUGGGUGCCGCGGCAGGUGGAGGGCCCAGUGGAGGGUCCUUGGGGACCACGUCCCGACCCAGGCCCUGAGGCCUUGGGUGCACGGCUUGAGUGA